UGACCUGUUCAUUCAUCAUAUAGGUUAUGGUGAGAAUUUGUACUCCUGAUCCAUGUACUUUCAAUAUUUCAUACUGGAUUCCCAAAAAGAAAUAUUGAUGGCAAAAUUUUAUCCGAUCUUGGUGUAUGUUUACAUCAGAUCUGACCAACGAAUGUAAGACAAAUAUUUUCAUACAUUUAUGUAAAGUAAUAUUUUGUAAACUGCUAGAAUUAAAUUAUUUAAAUUUCUACCCUACCGAUCACCUCUAAUUAACCAAUACAUACACCCACGUAGUGCAGUUCCACUUCUACAAGUACUUUUCUAUUGGAUUUUAAUGCAGAACAAAGCAAGUUACACUAUUUUACAGCAUGUGCUCUACAUGUACAAAAAAAAAAAAAAACAUGACAAAUUGGCUCGUGCAUGUACUUAACCAACCUUUCCAUUUCUACCCACAUUAUUCUUUAAUUUCAUCUCAGUUUUUUUUAGCAUAAAGUUCAGUGUUUCUAAUAUAUUUUCGAUGUCCUUUUAGUUAUUACUUAUUAAGCAUCUGCAAAUGGCAAAACAAACUUGUCGAUGGGCAACCAAAAGAGGAUAUUAGUAAUAAGGACAUUAUUAUGACAAUUAUUUUCAUUCCUUAAUUGAUUGCUAGUAUUAGUAGUAGUAGUAGUAGCAGCAGCAGCAGCCCACGUCUACAUUAGUUUUCUUGAUUUUAAUGACGCUACAAAAUUCAAGAGUACCUAAAUAUAUCUUUUAUUUAUCAACUUGAAAUAUCUCAUACAUCCUAAUUGAUAUAGUGUGCCUCUCUUUUUCAGUUUUGGUUUGCUUAGAAAGAGAGAAUUAAGAAUAUGGCUAAAGGUGUGAGUAGUACUUUUGUGUAUAUUCUUGGUGCAAUGUUUAUGUUGAGUUUCGUGUUUGUUUUCGAAGCCAUGUUGACAGUAUUCUCAAGGUUUUAUUCGGACGCGAUUGCCAAGAAAUUAGUUCAUACAGAAAGGAAUACAAUAGGAAUAUCAAAACAAGAAAAAGCAGAAAUAAUUACAAGUAAUUGCAACUUGUUCGAAGGAAGUUGGGUGUUGGAUGAUGAUCGUAUUGAUCCUUUAUAUAACACAACUACUUGUCCGUUUAUUCGAAAGACAUUUGAUUGUACCAAUCGGCCUGAUCGUCAAUAUCUUAAGUAUAAAUGGCAACCUACUGGUUGCGAUUUACCAAGGUUUGAUGGUAUUGAUCUUUUUAGGAGAUUCAAGGGGAAGCAGAUCAUGUUUAUUGGGGAUUCUCUAAGUCUAAAUAAUUAUGACUCUUUCUUAUGCCUUCUUUAUGUUUCAGUGCCUGGAAUGAACUAUAAGACCAAAUUAACCAACCAAAGCGUUACUGUUAUUUUUGAGGAUUAUGACGUUUCAGUCACAUUAUUCAACUCAUUAUUCCUAGUAGACGUUGAAGUGGAACAUAUUGGAAGAGUAUUAAAACUCAAUUCCAUUAAAAAUGGAGAGAUUUGGAAGCAAGCUGACGUUUUGAUCUUCAAUACUUGGCUUUGGUGGGCCAGGAGAAAGCCUAAGCAACCGUGGGACUAUAUUGAGGAUGGUGGCAAGAUAGUGAAGGAUAUGAAUCGUAUGGCUGCAUUUCGAAGGGGAUUAAAAACAUGGGCCAAAUGGGUUGAGACAGAAGUGGAUCUAACCAAAACAAAAGUUUUUUACCAAGGGGAAGCUGCUUCUCACCACCAUGGAGAAGCUUGGGGUGAGCCAGGAGUGAAGGGUUGCUCAAAUCAAACAACACCUGUAGUUGGAUCAAUUUAUCCAGGUGGUUUGCCUUUACCUGCACAAAUUGUGAAACAAGUCUUGAAGAACAUGACAAAUUCAGUUUUCUUGUUGGAUAUUACAAUCCUUUCACAUUUGAGAAAAGAUGGACACCCAAGCAAUUACAAUGGCUAUGGAGGCAUUGAUUGUACACAUUUUUGCCUUUCUGGUGUUCCUGAUACUUGGAGCCAACUAUUUUAUGCUUCUUUAUUAACGUCUUAGAAUAUUGGACAACCGUGCUAUGUACGACUAAUCCUUCUUUUGUAAUUCUAGUGAAACACUUACAUUUCGUGUGUAUUGAUUCUUAAGGACUUUAUUGUUCGUUGCUAGAAUACAAGCGUAAAAUAAAAAUAAGUUUGGAACUUUA